AUGUCUAUAAAUGCAUCUUCAAGGGAAUUACUAACGCUGGUACCACUGGGCUUAUCUGCAACAGAUAUUUAUCCAGCAUUUAUAUUCGGCACACUUACCUAUCUAAUUAUUAUCUUUUGCAACUUGUUGGUAUUAACAACUAUUGCUGUGAGUAAAAAGCUGCACAAGCCCAUGUUUAUCCUGCUGCUCAACCUGCCUAUUAGUGACAUUGUUGGUGCUACAGCUUUUUUCCCUCAUGUUCUUUGGAGCAUUGCUACACAGAAUAGACAUAUUUCCUACCCUGGAUGUAUUACUCAGGCUUUUCUGGUCCAUUUUUACGGUACAGGAAACAUGUUGAUCUUGAGUGCCAUGGCUUAUGACAGAUAUAUUGCAAUAUGUUGUCCUUUGAGGUAUAAUGCUAUCAUGACUUCACAUACUUUAAUCAAAAUUAUUGUUUUGAUAUGGCUUGUCAAUUUCUCAUUGAUGUUUACAUUGUUUAUGCUGGUUGCACGUUUCAACGUUUGCAGAACGAAUUUAGUGGAUUUGUACUGUAAUAAUCCAUCUAUGGUGAAACUGAUCUGUGAGGACACCACAGUCAACAGCUUCUUUGGAAUAUUUACUAUAUUGGUGAUUAUGGGCAUCCCACUGUUAGUGAUAAUAUACACAUAUGCACAGAUCUUGCGCACAUGUGUCAUGACUAAUCAAACAGAUGCCCGGAGAAAAGCCAUUCAGACAUGUGGUACACAUUUAGCUGUUUUCUUAAUCAUGCAAAUUAAUACUACCUUUACACUCAUUGUUCAUCGCAUGGAGGGUGCAUCCCCGUACAUCAGAAGGGCUCUUGGUGUGUCAGUUUUAAUAUUUCCCCCCAUUUUGGACCCGAUUAUAUAUGGACUGAAAACUGCAGAACUGAAGCAGAAUAUUAUGAUGUUCCUAAAAAGAAAUCUGGUCUCAACCAAAUUGUGA